AGGGGCAUAUUAUAUAGAAGUGCUGUGGGGCCCAGAUAAUACGUUUUUUUUUAACGGAACAGGGACAAGCGGCUGCGUGAACGCACCCUUAUACAGCACGGUGUGCACCCCCUCCCCUCGGAGCAGACAUGACAGCUCGGGUUCCCCUGUUCCCGCCUUCCGCUCAGCCGGAAGUAACGCGCGCUCUCAGCCCCCGGUUGCCGCCUUCUUGCAGGUUGACGUGAUUCCGCCUCAUCCUGGUGUCAUGGCGCUGGAAAGCACCCGGGGAAUGAUGGAGGAUGAAGCAUUGGAAGACGGGGAGCUCAGUGACUCCGACACCGACAUGACGGUGUCCAGGCCGGCAGACAAGGCUCCUCUGCAGAAACUUAGCGUUGGCAUCGAUGACAAAGGCUACCGGAGUAACACAUCACUUCCAACCAGUGUCCCAUAUAGGAGUAUCAAAAAUGUUGACUCUAGUGACGGUAGCGCAAGUGACUCUGAUGAAGAGGACGGUUCGCCAUGGAAGCAUAAACGCCAGAAGACGUUCAACCCUCCACCUAAUGUUUCCAGACCAACCCAGUUUGUGCCUGCUGGUCAGGAGAAGCCACGAAAGAACAACAUCUGGGGAGCAGUGCUUCAAGAACAAACACAGGAGGCUGUAGCAAAUGAGCUUGGGAUCAUGGACAUGGAUGGCCUCAUAGAUAUGAGUAGGCAGUCAGAGACUUACAAUUAUGUUAUUGCCAAAAAACUCAUGUCACAGGCAGAGGAUGAGGAAAAACUCAACUUAGACAAAGAACUGGAAGAGUAUAUGAAUGAAGAUAAGGCACAUGUAUCAAAGGAAGAAAAUGGCCACUUAAAGAGGAAGCGACCUGUGAAGGAAAGAUUAGGGGAAAGGGCAGAAAUGGACUACAAAGGAAGAUAUGAAAUAACCGAGGCUGAUCCAGAAGAUAAAGUUGCAGAUGAAAUUGCAUACAGACUUCAGGAGCCCAAGAAAGAUUUGAUUGAACGAAUUGUAAAAACAAUUGGCACAAAGAAGGCCAUAGAACUCCUUAUGGAAACAGCAGAAGUGGAACAAAAUGGUGGACUUUUUGUGGUGAAUGGAACAAGGAGGAGAACCCCUGGGGGUGUUUAUAUAAAUCUCCUGAAAAACACACCUAGUAUAACGUCUGCCCAAGUGAAGGAAAUAUUUUAUAUGGAAAACCAGAAGGAAUAUGAGAGUAAAAAGGCUGCAAAAAAGAGAAGACGUCACAUCGUUGGGAAGAAGAUGAAAGAAGCCAUCAAAGGUCUGAACUUUCAAGAACAUGAUGACACAUCAAGAGAAACCUUUGCCAGUGACACAAAUGAAGCUUUAGCAUCCUUGGAUGACGAAAACAAUGAAAUGAAAGCAGAAACAGAGGAUGCCAUUGAGAUUGACAAUUCCCAUGAUCUAGAAACCUUUUAAUUGAAACAUAGGGGGAGAUUUAUCAAAAACUGUGCAGAGGAAAAGUUGCUGAGUUUCCCAUAGCAACCAAUCAGAUCGCUUCUUUCGUUUUGCAGAGGCGUUAUUAAAAAAUAAAGAAGCGAUCUGAUUGGUUGUUAUAGGCAACUCAGCAACUUUUCCUCUGCACAGUUUUUGAUAAAUCUCUCCCAUUGUUUGUAUGUUAAGGCUGUAUAUUAGUACUUUUUUUUUUUAUUUUAUUUUUUUUCUUGUGCAUCUUGAAACUUCUUAAUGCCAGAAAAAAUGUAGUGAAAAGCGUGUGAUGACAUUGCCUAUUAAAUGCACCUCAGUUUUUUGGGGGCCAGUUUUGAUUUUGUACUUUUUAUGUUGUCAUUCUGCCUUAUUUUUUUUUCCAUUGCUCAUAACAUAACUUGAAAUGUUCUCCACAGUGCAGUUUCUACUGUUAAAGGGGUACUCCGCUGCUCAGAGUUUUUAGAACAAACUGUUCCAAACGCUGGAGCCAGCACCUGGAGCUAGCGAUGUCAUAGCCCCGCCCCCUCAAUGCAAGUCUAUGGGAGGGG